AUGAGACUCGUCCUCACCACCGUCGUCGGCGCCGCUCUCUCCGGAGCUGCCGCCGUCCUAGACCCGCACCAGAUCACCCUCGCCGCAUCGCCGCCUUCCCCUGAUGCCGGCCGAGCCGCCGACGACGGCCCCUGGCCCGGCUCGCUGCCCUCCAGCGUCGCCUCCCUCCUCGGGCACGCCGUCGACCGCCUCGCGGGCACCGCUGAGGCCGCCCAAGAACUAGCCACUGCCCUCGCCGGCGGCCGCAGCAGCGACGAUGACGAGCGCCCGCGCGGCACCAUCUACGAGCUCAUCCGCGGCUGCGGGCACACGUCGCGGUUCGCAAAGCUCGUCGACCACCACCCGGACCUAGUCGAGCUGCUCAACUCGUCCCGCGCCGAGUACACCCUCUUCGUCCCCACCAACGAGGCCUUCCGCCACAUCCCCGAUCAUCACGACGGCCACAACGAUAAGCCCAGCAAGGAGCUUGUCGAGAACUUCCUCCGUUACCAUGUCGGCCUCGGCCAGUACCCGGCCGGCCGCAUCCUCCACACGCACACGCUGCCGACGGCGCUGCACGAAAGAUUUCUCGGCGGCGAGCCCCAGCGACUGCGCACCAGCAUCGGCUUCCACGGCGUCGAGGUCAACUUUUACAGCACAGUCGUUGCUGCCGACAUUAAAGCAUCAAAUGGCAUUAUCCACGCCGUCGAUCAUAUUCUUGUGCCCCCCUUUAUGGCCGGGCAGAUCCUCACACUCUUCCCAGGCCACUUCUCGACACUCUUGCUCGCGUAUGAAAAGACAGACUUUAUCAAGUACAUCCACGGCGUCAAGAUGGUCGGUAGCACUGUCCUCGCCCCCAGCAACUACGCCUUCAAGCGGCUGGGCGUCCGGGCAAACGCCUUCCUCUUCAACACGGAAACCGGGCGCAAAUAUCUGCGAGCCCUGCUCAAGUACCACAUCACCCCCAAUGCCACCUUCUACACCGACUCGUACUACGACAAGACGGACUCGGGCCGGCAGCAGCCCGGCGCCGAGGGGCUGGAGCGCCGCCACUACGAGCUUCCCACGCUGCUCGGUGACGCCCGCGUCGCCGUCGAUGUCGUCAGCCUUGGCGGCCUCUCGGCCAUCCGCAUCAACGGCUUUGCGCACAUUUCGAUCCGCGACGGCGUCGCCAAGAACGGCGUGAUCCAGGUGCUCGACCAGGUGUUGAUUCCGCCGUGCAGCAAGGGCGGCUCGGAGCACGCUGGCGACAUAGACGUGGAGGAUCUGAAGACCAGGCUGGAGCCGUACUUGUGA